CACACACACACACACACACUGAUCGGCUGAACACAACAUGGCUGCCCUCUGUUUGAACCCUCUGAAUUAAAUCAACACCAAGGUCUGAUGCUUUUCCCUUAAAUGAGACCUAAAGAGGGUUGGACCGGUGCUGUCACCCUAUAACUCUUCUUCUUCUGUGUUUAUUGCUCUGGGAGGAGACAACACACUGCCGCAGGAUGAGUUUUGGAUGUCUGGACCCCUUUUUACCCAACAGAAAUGUAAUGGAAUAAUCAGCGGAGAGAUCAACUCUGACAGAAGUGGUGAUUGUACACUAAAAGUACUGAAAAACAAAACUGAUCCCAGCACUCGUUUCUUGUUUUUUUGUGUGGAAAUAUCGUGCAGGAAGUGGGGUACAUGGACAACCCCCUCUUCUUAUCUGAGCUAAUUCAAGAGUCAUGCCUCUCGUAAGAUCAGACAAACCCAAGAGUUAUCACAAGGAGUUAAUUUGAUUGUUUUGCCCCGUCCUCUCAAAGGCACAAUGGAAUAAAUUGAGUUCCCAAACGCAAACAACACGACCAGACAGGAGGAAAAACCCUCGAACAUCCAGCCCCUUCCCCCUGGCUGCAGUGUGGAAGAAGGGGUGUGUUCGGAGGUUCAGCUCCACCAGGCUGCUGCUCGCAGAUGGAGGCCCACCAACACUCCCCAGAUAGCAGCAGUGAGGAGUGCACCGUCCUGGAGGCUCCGCCUGGAAAAAACGCCUGCCCGCAGCAUGCAGGGAAGGUGGCAGAGCUGUUCUGUUCAGCCUGUGAGUGUGUGCUGUGUGAGGACUGUGUGCCGGAGCACGAGGAGCACCCGAAGCAGCCCCUGAUCCAGGCCCUGGAGCAGCACCGCAGCAGCCUGCAGGAGAGGCUGGGGGCCGUCCAGAGCAGACUCCCUCAGAUCUCAGACGCCCUGUCCUUCGUUAAGGAGAUCCUCCAACAGCUGACUAAUCAGAGAGCUUCCAUCGAAGAGGACAUCCAGUCGAGCUUCGAGGAUCUGCACAAGCAGCUGGACGUCCGGAAGAGCGUCCUGCUGAUGGAGCUGGAGGUCACAUACGGACUCAAGCAGAAGGUCCUCCAGGCGCAGGUGGACAACCUUGUCCGGGGGGAGGGGGACAUCAUGGCCUCCUGUACCCAGACAGAGGAGGCUCUGGCUGGGGAGGCGUGCGUGGCGAGCCUGCAGGUGGAGCAGGAGCUGCAGGAGAGGCUGGGGGAGCUCACCUGCCUCGGCGUGCCGUGUCAGCCGGAGGAGAACGACCAGCUGGAUCUGCUGAUGGAGACGGACGGGCUCAGGAAGUCCAUUCACAACCUGGGGACCAUCGUCACCACCAGCGCGGUGGCGAGCCAGAGUGAAGCCAUGGGUGCCGGCCUGGAGCAAUGCAUUGUGGGACAUCCUGCCUCGGUUACAAUAGUGACAAGAGACAAGUCAGGGGGAGCCUGUAAAAGUGGAAAUGCAAUCCUGUCAGCUGAGGUGUUCACCCCAGAUGGCAGCAUAGUGGACGGUGAAAUAGUGGACCACAAGAACGGGACUUAUGAGUUUGUGUACAUCGUGCCGAAGGAGGGCGACUUCUCGUUGGCGCUCCGUCUGUAUGACCAGCAUAUCAAAGGAAGCCCCUUCAAACUGACCGUCAAUAGGGUCUCAGAGGCAGAAGUAGAGGUGUCCCCCUCCACCACCACAGCAACCAACUCUGCCGCCUACGCCACCCCGUCCACCGGCUCCUCUGAGGGGGCAAAGAGACGAGGGAAGUCCCCCGGCCAGAAGAAAAAGGGCUCCAAGAGGGCCAGCAGCGCCCUGGGCACCCCACGGCGCAAAACCCAGAACCCCAUCGAGGACGACCUCAUCUUCAGGAUCGGAACAAAGGGGAGGAAUAAAGGAGAGUUCACCAACCUUCAGGGAGUGGCUGCCUCCUCCAGUGGCAGGAUUCUGAUUGCAGACAGCAACAAUCAGUGUGUCCAGAUUUUUUCCAAUGAGGGGGAAUUCAAGAGCCGUUUCGGGGUGCGAGGGCGGUCGCCGGGUCAACUGCAGCGCCCCACAGGCGUGGCGGUGCACCCCACCGGGGACAUCAUCAUUGCAGACUACGACAACAAGUGGGUCAGCAUAUUCUCCAGUGAAGGCAAGUUUAAGGCGAAACUUGGCUCUGGUAGACUUAUGGGGCCAAAGGGCGUGUCCGUGGACCAGAACGGUCACGUGAUCGUGGUUGACAACAAGGCGUGCACUGUCUUCAUCUUCCAGUUGACCGGCAAGCUCAUCACCAAGUUUGGCAGUCGGGGCAAUGGUGAUAAGCAAUUUGCAGGUCCACACUUUGCAGCAGUGAACAAGAACAAUGAGAUCAUCGUGACUGACUUCCAUAACCACUCUGUCAAGGUUUUCACCCCCGAAGGAGAGCUGGUGUUGAAAUUCGGCUCUAAUGGCGAGGGAAAUGGCCAGUUCAAUGCUCCCACUGGUGUUGCUGUGGACAUUAACGGGAACAUCAUCGUAGCUGACUGGGGCAACAGCAGAAUUCAGGUGUUUGACGGGAGCGGCUCCUUCCUCUCCUACAUCAACACAUCAGCGGACCCUUUGUACGGACCCCAGGGCCUGUCUCUGACCUCAGACGGACAUGUGGUGGUGGCUGACUCUGGCAACCACUGCUUCAAAGUCUACCGCUACCUACAAUGAUGGAGGAAGGAAAGACAGACGGCGGGAGGCAGUUGUUGUUGGAGAGGAACGGCGUGGUGCACGAUGUCAAAUUCUGGGAAUAUUUGCAUGAGCCUUGACUGCAGCCAGUUACAAUGGAAGAAGGGAUGGAUAGAAAAGAGGAGGAACAAAGAUUAGCCAUCAUUACAUCAUUAGAACACGAUGAAACUAUGAUCUUGUUUUGACAUCUUUGAAGAUUUGGAUAAAGUACUGUUGUAGUACAUGAAACAGUGGAUGACAGAGUUUGGUGGUGCAUGAUUGGUCUUUGAACUACCUCCUCUGAAAGUCUCCCCAUCAAACAGGGAAGAGGAAAGUAGCAGAUGAAGGGGAGUGAACUGUUGGUGGUUUAGGGAGUUUGCUGCCCUUAUGCAAACUUGAGAAAUAUUGCAGGAUGGGACCCAGGAGUGAUGAAAGACUGGAGUAAAAACAGUUAUGCAACGACUGAUUCAUGAUGUCAACCUCUGGAACUCCCUCUUUCUCCCGGUUUGGCAUUAAUAGAGAAACAGUGGGAAAAAAAGGCUUUAAAAAAUACAUGAAGUACAAAUAAAACGUCUUUGGAGACCACUGCUUCCUAAACCGAUAAUGGACUGAAGAUGGACAAAAGGAUCAAGGAAUUAUUAAAAGCAUGAGUGAAGAAGAAGGCACCUGAAGAGCGCAGACCUCCGCCAAGGCCAUGCCCAAUCUCACAAGGUUAACUUAAGUGAAAAAGAAAUCAGUACUGCCCCGUGAUUCUGACUCCACCUCCAACCUCCACCAAGGUUCAUUAAAAUUGCCCCAGUUUUUUUCUCCCAUAAUCCUGCAAACAGAACACACUGAAAACGGGACAAUGAGCUUGGCGGAGGUUAUAAAAUAAAGCAUGGUGCUUUGGAGAGAAUGGACUGGACGAUGAAACACUUUCUAAUGUUCUGCCUUCUCAUGUUGUAUGUAACAGACAGAAUAAUGGCCAGUGAGCUAAAAGAGGUCUACGUCUUGGUUUGACAUCAUGUCCAGGUCAUUACCACAGAUUUAUCCUAUGUCUUUUGUACCAUAGACUAAAUUUGUGCACCAACAUCAACUCUAAUAUGUGGAAGCUAACAUAAGCUACCAACUCUUAGAGCUUGUCAGGGCGUCAUUGAGCAAAGCACUUAACUUUAAACUGGUCCAACAGUAGAGGACUGGUUGGACUGGGUGAGUGGAUGUGUAAAUCUGUAAAUAUGCAGCAAGGGACUGCUUCAAAGGGGCGUCCAUGCCCAGCCAAAUUUACAGUGACUCCAUUGUUGAAUGAAAGUCAUGAAAAAAGAUGAAGACAUUGGCCACUUUUAGCCUGUUGUCCAUUGUUUGUACAUUAGGAUUGUCUGAAUAUGGAAUGUUUAUUUUGUUUCUUGCCAUAUGCUAGUAUUCUUUAAAAGUCUUAGGCAAUAGAUUCAUCAUUAGAAAUGACUGCUUGACUAUGAUUAUGAUUGUUUGGAUGAUUGUUUCAAUUGGUUGAUUGACAUGGUAGCUUUGACGAGCAGCAUCGUCCUAUCUAUGCUUGGUUCUGAGUGUUAAUAUAUUUUUCCUGAGAAGUCUGCUGCAAGGAAAUGGGGGGAAAAAGUCUAUAAAUCUAUCCUAUAUAUUUGUGAGAAUACCUCUAAUAACAUCAUGUGAAUUGCUCAGAAUUAAUCAACACAUCUGGAAUCAAUAACAGCUUUACACACUUCUGCUCGAGGACAUUCUAGAAUGCUUCGAUUCAUUCUUCAACAUUGCCAAGGAUUGUAGAAUGCUUCGAGAGUUCUUCAACAUUGCUGAGGAUUCUAGAAUGCUUCUAGAGUUCAAUAUUGUCAAGAAUUCUAGAAUGCUUUGAGGAUUCUCCAACAUUGACGAGGAUUCUAGAAUACUUCGAGAGUUCUUCAACAUUGCCGAGGAUUCUGGAAUGAUUCAAGGACUCUAGAAUGCUUUGAGGAUUGUAGCAUGAUUCAAGGAUUCUUCAACAUUGCCAAGGAUUCUAGAAUGCCUCAAGAGUUCUUUAACAUUGCCAAGGAUUCUAGAAUGAUUCGAGAGUUCUUCAACGUUGCCGAGGAUUCUAGAGUGCUUCGAGGAUUCUAGAAUGCUCCAAGAGUUCUUCAACAUUGCUGAGGAUUCUAGAAUGCUUCGAGAGUUUCUUCAACGUUGCCAAGGAUUCUAGAAUGAUUCGAGGAUUCUUCAGCAAUGUCAAGCAUUCUAGAAUCCUUGAAAGAGUUCUUCAACAUUGCUGAGGAUUCUAGAAUGCUUUGAGAGUUCUUUAACAUUGAGCAGGAUUCGAGAAUGCUUUGAGGAUUCGAGAAUGAUUCGAGGAUUCUAGAAUGCUUUGAGAAUUCUGGAGAAUGAUUCGAGGUUUCUUCAGCAAUGUCAAGGAUUCUAGAAUGCUUUGAGGAUUCUAGAAUGCUUCAAGAGUUCUUCAACAUUGCCAAGGAUUCUAGAAUGAUUCGAGGUUUCCCUGAAGUACCGUCGCCGGCUUGUACAAUUCCACGUGUUCCGCCAUCACUCAUGAAACAACGCCUCAGUGUUCUAGCAGCAUGCCUCUGUAUUUUGUGAUUAUCGACAUCAAAAGUACACAUUCUUAAACUUUAAGCUCCCAUUUGGACAAAACAACACCUAAGGAGAUCUACAGUGAUGUUAAGUGCAGUAAAGGAUAUGAGAAAAAAAGUGACAUUAUGCUAAGCAUUUAAAAUAUUACUUUUGGAAAAAGUCCUCCAUACGUGAUAGUAAUAAGAGUAAUAAAAAGCAUUUACAUUGAUUAUUAAACAGGCAUUUAAAUGACUAAAUUCCGCCUUCAGUUAGACAGUUUUACCUUCAUCAUUAAGCUAACAGGUGCUCGUGGUAGAAGAAGUUCACACCUGAAACGGUAAACGCUAUGUUAAGUUAUUACUUAAUUUAUUUAUCUAUUUAUUUAUAUAUUUUGUCAUUGUAAUCUUUAUAUCUUGCCAUUUGAUUGUGUUCCACCGUGUGCAUUGAAAUUCUUAAGUGCCCAUUAUAUUUCUUCUUUUUGUGCAUUUUCUCUGUUUUGUUCCAAUCAAAAUAUGAUUGUUGGUAUUUGAUACAUUUUAUACUGACUGUUGUGAGUGGACGAAUCAGCGUUUCGAGUU